AUGCAGUCUCCGACCGAUUUACCCGACAGCACCGACAAAAAGACGGUCACUACGGCCAAGGACGUCGAGGUCCAACUAAACACUCUCGAUGCCAACUCCCUCAAGAAGCACGAGAGCGCCAUCGAAGGCCAAGUCGAGGAUCUCGACGAAGCCACUGUAUACCUGAGAGAGCACAACAUCACACCCGAAUACAUCGCUAAGCUGUUGGAAGACGCAGAGGCCAACAAGCGCGUAUCGCGAAAAGUCGAUUUGCGUCUUCUUCCCCUCUUAUGCGGCACGUUCUUCUUCCAGUACAUCGACAAGCAGGCAACCAGCUAUGCAGCCGUGUUCGAUCUCUUCGAAACAACCGGUAUCACGGGCGAGCAGUACUCAUGGCUUGGAUCCAUUUUCUAUUUCGCGUACUUGGUCGCUGAGUGGCCGUCCGCAUACCUUGCACAGCACUUUCCGACUGCGCGCGUCGUGUCGAUAUACUGCUUUUGCUGGGGCUCCGUCAUGCUGAUUGCCGCUGCUACAAACAGCUUUGCAGGCUUUGCGGCUAUGAGAUUCUUGCUUGGUAUCUUUGAGUCUGUUAUCACGCCAGCGUUUAUGAUGAUUGUGGGUAUGUGGUACAUGGCGGAGCAGCAGCCCGCGCGGGCAGGCAUGUUCUAUUGCUUCAACGGCAUCGGCAGUGCCACUGGCGGGAUACUCUUCUACGGCGUCGGCUACGCAAAGCACUUUGUCAUCUGGAAGAUCAUCUACAUUAUUUGCGGCGGCAUGACCGUUCUCUGGUCCUUGGUGUUAUUCCUCAAACUCCCCAAUAACAUCAUGUCGGCGAAGAGCUUCUCCGUAGAGGAAAAAGCUCUCUUGAUUGCCCGCGCCGCAAAGAAUCGCACGGGUGUUUACAACCGCACCAUCAAGUUGGAGCAGAUCAAGGAAGCCUUGACAGAUGCGCAGAUUUGGUUGCUAUUCUUAUAUGUUCUGCUCAACGAGACCAUCAAUGGCGGAAUCGCCAACUUUGGAAAACUGAUUAUAAAGAAUGUAGCUGGCGGCGACCCGCUUCGUACGACACUUUACGGCAUUCCGCAGGGCGUCGCUCAGGUAUUUUGGGUCUUUACGGGGCCAUAUCUUGCUUCUCGCCUUCCAAAUGCGCGCACUUACAUCAUGGCGUUGUAUAUCUGUCCCACAAUCAUCGGCACCACUCUGAUUUGGCAGCUGCCACGAACGAAUUUGGCUGGAUGCCUGGCGGGUUACUAUAUGAUUGGCUCGUACGUGGGCGGGCUGGUUAUCGCGCUGCAAUUCCCAGCAUCCAAUGUAGCCGGAUACACGAAGCGCACGACUAGCACCGCCUUUGUAUUUCUGGCAUACUGCAUUGGCAACAUCAUUGGACCUCAAGCGUUCCUCGCAAAAGAAGCCCCCGUGUACGAGACAGGAGUCAAAACCAUACUGGGCUGCUCUGUCGCGCAAUUCGUCCUGUCUUUUGUGAUACGCGCCCUGCUUGCGCGGCGAAAUGCUCGUCGCGAUCGUGAAGAAGCUGAAGGACAACAACCUGUUCAAGAUCAGACUGAAAGGGAGCCGGAAGCCAUUGAGGAUGCUACGGAUUUUUCAAACAGAAAAUUUCGUUACCGAAUGUAG